UCACGUGACGGUGCCAAUAUGGCGGCGCCGUGUCGGCGGCGCGGCGGCUGUUGAGGGAGCCGCGUCCCUUCCGGGUGUCGGGGCCGCGGGCUCCGGGAGCUGGUGGGGCCAUGCAGCCCCCGGGCCGCGAGCAGGACGCCCGCACCAAGAGCAUGUUUGUGUCGCGGGCCCUGGAGAAGAUCCUGGCCGAGAAGGAGGCGAAGCGGCCCCCGCACGGGCAGCUGCGCAGAGCCUGCCAGGUGGCGCUGGAUGAAAUAAAAUCGGAGCUGGAAAAGCAAAGAGAAGGCACUGCUGCUCCACCAAAAGCAAACUUCAUUGAAGCAGAUAAAUAUUUCCUUCCGUUUGAACUGGCCUGCCAGUCAAAGUCUCCGCGCAUUGUCAGUACUUCACUGGAUUGUUUACAGAAACUCAUUGCAUAUGGACAUAUCACUGGCAAUGCUCCAGACAGUGGAGCUCCUGGAAAACGUCUGAUUGACCGAAUAGUUGAAACCAUUUGUAAUUGCUUUCAGGGUCCUCAAACAGAUGAAGGGGUACAACUGCAGAUAAUUAAGGCUCUCCUCACUGCAGUAACAUCUCCGUAUAUAGAAAUUCACGAAGGAACAAUUCUUCAGACUGUUAGGACCUGUUACAACAUCUAUCUGGCCAGCAAAAAUCUUAUUAAUCAGACAACUGCAAAAGCCACCCUUACGCAGAUGUUAAAUGUGAUUUUCACACGGAUGGAAAAUCAAGCUAUACAAGAAUCCAAAGAAGUAGAAAAAGCAAAUCAGCAAAAAUCCCAGUCUCCUGCAAUUCAAGUAGUGACCAGGUCUCCAAAGAUGGGUCAGUUAAGGCACAGCUAUCAAGAAGGCAAACCCACUGCUCCCAUAAGUGUGGAGUUAACGAACGGUGAGCCUGAGAGGGCAGAAAAUGGAGGCAUGAAUUUGGAGCAGGAUCUGACUCUUUCAGCGUCAGAGGAAACAACUGAUGGAGGAAAAGAAAUGGUUAAAGGCAUCUUGGAAGACGUGGUCAAGUCAGCUGUGAAAGUGGCUGAAGAAAGGCAGGUAACGGAAACAGUGAAGCCUCUACCUGUGUUAGAGACUGCAGAUAGUGCUCUCUCUGGCUCUAGUAAUGAAAACGUACAAACAAACGGGAUCCUAGAUGAUGGGCAAUCUGUUUCCUCCACUGAUAAUCUGGAAACAGAUGUAUCUGGACAUCAAGCUGCUGCCAAAUUUUCCCAUGUUCUACAAAAGGAUGCCUUCCUCGUGUUCAGGUCGUUGUGCAAGCUCUCCAUGAAACCACUUGGUGAUGGACCACCAGAUCCCAAAUCCCAUGAGUUGCGUUCUAAGAUAGUGUCUCUCCAGCUGCUUCUCUCAGUACUGCAGAAUGCUGGUCCAGUUUUCAGGACACAUGAAAUGUUCAUCAAUGCAAUCAAGCAGUAUCUUUGUGUAGCAUUGUCUAAAAAUGGAGUUUCUUCAGUUCCUGAUGUAUUUGAGCUCUCUCUUGCCAUCUUUCUCACGCUGCUUUCGAAUUUUAAGACCCAUUUAAAAAUGCAGAUUGAGGUUUUCUUCAAAGAGAUCUUCCUCAAUAUUCUAGAGACUUCUUCGAGCUCUUUUGAACACAAAUGGAUGGUGAUUCAGACUUUAACUAGAAUUUGUGCAGAUGCCCAGUGUGUCGUGGAUAUUUAUGUUAACUAUGAUUGUGAUUUAAACGCCGCUAAUAUAUUUGAGCGCCUUGUAAAUGACUUAUCCAAAAUUGCACAGGGACGAAGUGGGCAUGAGCUGGGAAUGACGCCUUUACAGGAACUAAGCCUGAGGAAAAAAGGACUUGAAUGUUUGGUUUCAAUUUUAAAAUGUAUGGUAGAAUGGAGCAAAGACCUUUAUGUGAACCCCAAUCAUCAGGCUAGCUUGGGUUCAUAUAAACCAUCUGAGCAGGAAAUGGCUGAAGGCAAAUGCCUCGAGAGUGGAGGGAGGCGGAGUAGUGUCAGUUCCUUGGACUCCACUGUGUCGUCGGGAGUUGGAAGUGUUGGUACCCAGACUGCUGUUCCGGAUGAUCCUGAACAAUUUGAAGUUAUUAAGCAACAAAAGGAAAUAAUUGAACAUGGGAUAGAACUGUUUAAUAAAAAACCAAAGAGAGGGAUACAGUACCUCCAGGAGCAGGGAAUGCUUGGCACUACAGCAGAAGACAUGGCACAAUUUUUGCACCAAGAGGAACGACUCUGCUCUACACAAGUAGGGGAAUUUCUUGGGGAAAGCAACAAGUUUAACAAGGAAGUGAUGUAUGCCUACGUAGACCAGCUUGAUUUCUGUGGAAAAGACUUUGUCUCCGCUCUGCGUACAUUUCUGGAAGGUUUUCGUCUGCCAGGUGAAGCCCAGAAGAUCGAUAGAUUAAUGGAAAAGUUUGCUGCUAGAUAUAUUGAAUGCAACCAACGGCAAACACUAUUUGCUAGUGCUGACACUGCCUACGUUUUGGCGUACUCUAUUAUAAUGCUGACUACAGACUUGCACAGUCCACAGGUAAAAAAUAAAAUGACAAAGGAGCAAUACAUUAAAAUGAAUCGAGGAAUCAAUGACAGUAAAGACCUGCCAGUGGAGUAUUUAUCCACAAUUUACGAAGAAAUAGAAGGAAAGAAGAUUGCUAUGAAAGAGACAAAAGAGUAUGCAAUUACAACGAAGUCUAGCAAACCAAGUGUCGCGAAUGAGAAGCAGCGGAGGUUGUUGUACAACUUGGAGAUGGAACAGAUGGCUAAAACAGCUAAAGCCCUCAUGGAGGCUGUAAGCCACGCAAAGGCUCCUUUUACUAGUGCCACUCAUCUGGAUCAUGUCAGACCCAUGUUCAAACUUGUAUGGACUCCGCUACUGGCAGCUUACAGUGUUGGCUUGCAGAACUGUGAUGACACGGAAGUUGCAUCCCUUUGUUUGGAAGGCAUACGAUGUGCUAUUAGAAUAGCCUGUAUCUUUGGAAUGCAGCUUGAACGAGAUGCUUAUGUACAGGCCCUCGCUCGGUUUUCCUUGUUGACUGCCAGUUCCAGUAUUACAGAAAUGAAACAGAAGAACAUAGAUACCAUUAAGACACUUAUUACAGUUGCUCACACAGAUGGCAACUAUCUUGGGAACUCCUGGCAUGAGAUCCUGAAAUGUAUUAGCCAGCUGGAACUAGCACAACUUAUUGGAACUGGAGUGAAAACUCGGUAUUUAUCUGGCUCUGGGCGUGAACGGGAAGGAAGCAUUAAAAGCUACACAUCUGGAGGGGAGGAGUUCAUGGGCCUGGGAUUAGGUAACCUCGUUGGAAGUGGAGCUGAUAAACGGCAUAUGGCGAGCAUUCAAGAGUCUGUGGGAGAGACCAGCUCACAGAGUGUAGUGGUAGCAGUGGACAGGAUAUUUACAGGAUCAACCAGGCUGGAUGGAAAUGCAAUAGUUGACUUUGUCCGAUGGCUGUGUGCUGUUUCCAUGGAUGAGCUGGCUUCCCCACACCAUCCACGCAUGUUCAGCCUGCAGAAAAUAGUGGAGAUAUCGUAUUACAACAUGAAUCGCAUUAGGCUACAGUGGUCAAGGAUUUGGCACGUGAUUGGAGAUCACUUCAAUAAGGUUGGAUGUAACCCUAAUGAAGAUGUUGCCAUCUUUGCAGUAGACUCAUUAAGGCAGCUGUCAAUGAAGUUCCUUGAGAAGGGAGAACUGGCCAACUUCCGCUUCCAGAAAGACUUCCUAAGGCCUUUUGAGCAUAUUAUGAAGAAAAACAGGUCUCCAACGAUUCGGGACAUGGUGAUACGCUGUAUUGCUCAGAUGGUGAACUCUCAAGCUGGUAAUAUUCGUUCUGGCUGGAAGAAUAUCUUUGCAGUCUUUCAUCAAGCAGCAUCAGACCAUGAUGGCAAUAUUGUGGAGUUGGCCUUUCAAACUACAGCACACAUAGUUACAAAUAUUUUUCAACAGCACUUUCCAGCAGCAAUUGACUCAUUUCAGGAUGCAGUAAAAUGUCUGUCUGAGUUUGCCUGUAAUGUUGCAUUUCCGGACACCAGCAUGGAAGCUAUUAGACUCAUUCGGUAUUGUGCAAAAUAUGUUUCGGAAAGACCACAGGUAUUAAGAGAAUACACGAGUGAUGACAUGAAUGUUGCUCCUGGUGACAGAGUGUGGGUCAGAGGGUGGUUUCCCAUCUUAUUUGAACUUUCUUGUAUCAUCAAUCGCUGCAAACUCGAUGUUCGAACAAGAGGCUUGACAGUGAUGUUUGAAAUAAUGAAGAGUUAUGGCCAUACCUUUGAAAAACACUGGUGGCAAGAUCUGUUCAGAAUUGUCUUUCGCAUUUUUGAUAAUAUGAAACUCCCCGAACAACAAACAGAGAAAUCUGAGUGGAUGACUACUACAUGCAAUCAUGCUCUUUAUGCCAUCUGUGAUGUAUUUACGCAGUUUUAUGAAGCUUUAAAUGAGAUCCUUCUUCCUGACAUACUUGCACAGUUACACUGGUGUGUAAAACAAGAUAAUGAGCAGUUGGCUCGAUCAGGUACAAACUGCCUAGAAAACCUGGUAAUACUAAAUGGACAGAAAUUCAGCCCUGAAGUCUGGGGCCAGACAUGCAAUUGUAUGCUAGAAAUCUUCAAAACUACUAUUCCUCAUGUCUUGCUGACGUGGAGGCCUGCAGGAAUGGAGGAAGAUUCAUCUGAAAAACACUUGGAUUUAGACCUAGAUCGCCAGUCUUUGAGCAGCAUGGAUAAAAAUGCUUCAGAGAGAGGACAAAGUCAGUUUUCGAAUCCAACAGAUGAGAGCUGGAAAGGUGGCCCUUAUGCGAACCAGAAACUAUUUGCUGGCCUCCUCAUAAAGUGUGUGGUACAGCUGGAAUUGAUACAGACCAUUGAUAAUAUAGUGUUCUACCCAGCAACAAGCAAGAAGGAAGAUGCUGAGCACAUGGCUGCAGCUCAGCGAGACGCAUUAGAUGCAGUUAUCUGUAUCGACACGGAAGACCAAGGAAUGUAUAAAUACAUGUCGUCACAUCACCUCUUUAAGUUACUAGAUUGCCUGCAAGAGUCUCAUUCAUUUUCAAAAGCCUUUAAUUCAAAUUAUGAACAGCGAACUGUGUUGUGGAGAGCAGGGUUCAAGGGUAAAUCAAAACCCAAUCUCUUAAAACAAGAGACCAGCAGCUUGGCUUGUUGCUUGAGAAUACUCUUUCGAAUGUAUGUGGAUGAAAACCGACGGGACUCCUGGGAUGCCAUACAACAACGACUGCUUAGUGUAUGCAGUGAAGCCCUGGCGUAUUUUAUUACCGUGAAUUCAGAAAGCCAUAGGGAAGCUUGGACCAAUCUCCUGCUGUUGCUUUUAACAAAAACACUAAAAAUCAGUGAUGAAAAGUUUAAGGCACAUGCUUCAACGUACUAUCCAUACUUGUGUGAAAUCAUGCAGUUUGACCUGAUUCCUGAGCUUCGAGCUGUGCUGCGGAAGUUCUUCCUGCGUAUAGGUGUUGUGUUCAAAAUCUGCAUAACGGAGGAACAGAUACGGACAACGGGAAAAAAUUUACCCUCAUGGCAGCCCUAAGUAGGGUUGGUUAUGUCUGCUUGUACAUAAGGCUAUGUUCCAGUGAUGGAUUAAAGAGGAUGGGGAAAAAUGGGACCCUGGUGUAUCAGCACAGCAGCAAGUUACCCUUACUACAGUGGCAUUUGGGGAGAAGGAAAGAAUCCUGUUGUAUCCAUACUACAAAACUCUCAGCAGUUUUAUUAAAAUUAUUGCUUACAGGGUUAAUACAGUAGAUGUAAAGUCUCUUCGUUUCAAUGCUAGUCAUCCUUAUGACCAAGUCUGUCUUCUAGUCUUUUAUCAAUUGUUCAGUCUUGCAUCCCAGCUAAAUCUGAUAAAUCAGCUGGAUUCCUAAGUAGAAAUUACGCCCCAUGGAAAUAGUGAAUAUAGUUGUAUAGCUUUGUGAUGUUAGCACGUGUUCAUAAUAAACUGUACUGCAGUGGCUGAUGACCGCCUAAGAUCAUGCUGGGUUCUUCUUUGGGUGUCCAUGAUGAGGCCAGGCAGUGUGUUACGUCUUUUGAAGUGGACAGCCUGUAGGAUAUUUGGGAAAGGGUGUUCCUCCUGUUUAGGAAGUUAUUUUUAAGACCUUUUAUUUUAAUCUCAAUGUUUCAUCUUCUGAGACUUGUUUUUGGGUUUAUGGAAGGUUUUACCUCAGAAGCACACAAUAGCAUCUGCUCUAUUGAGCUUGUUAGUCUCGAGUUACAGGCAUUUAAGAAAAAAAAGACUUAAACUUUCCAUUUACUUUCAUACGUUGCCAUGGGCAAGGCAUAUACAGUAAUGUGAAAAGCAAAGUUCAGAACAAAUAAACCCACCUUUUUUACCCUUGAGUACAGUGUAUUUAGUAGUAAUUGUUUAGCAAGAAGUCCUAACCUUAAUAGAUAUGAGGUUCUGUUGCUUUUUACUGCAGAUCUGCAAAAUCUGAUUUGUCUUUUUGCGCACACCAUUUUGUUCUCAACUCUUAGUUCCUAUUGCAAUCAAAAAAAAAAAAUUAAUUCCCACAAAACUGCUGUAGCAAAAUUAAACAAGUUUGUUCAUAUAAUUUAAGAGUUACUGAUACAUUUCUAUGCUUUGAACAUAUCUGUGAAGCAAACAUAACUGGGCACUGCAACUUUGCUUUGCCCAAGAGAUCUGUCUCGUUUGGAAAUUCAACAGUUUUGUGACAACUGUUUCCAUGACAGAACACCAGUUUGCAGUUGAAGUGCUGCAUAAAUGAGGUCUGUUCUUUGGAAUAAUUUUAAUUUCAAGACUUCUCUAAACUGGAAGAAUGUGGCAGGAGAGGUUCCACUUCCUAAUAUAAUGUAUUAUAUUAACUAAAAAUACCUAAAAUAUAACGGUAUUUUAAAAGGAAACAAAACAAACAAUCUACUUGAAUGGUAUUAAGGUUUAACCUUAUCAGGUUUAACCAGGUAUUUUGCUUUUUUGAGUUUCCUGGUAGGGCGCCCAUAGUUGAGGUUGUCUUGGGAUAUUCUGCUCUGAGAGCUGUUGGGAUUCCUUUUCCCUAUUUGUUUGUUGGUUUGUUUGUUGGAGGAGGUGUGUGUGUGAGAGCUUUUUCCAAAGGGUUCAUAUGGUGCUCUUCAGUAAAUUGGCUCAUUCCACGUCAGCAUUAUUUGGGAAUGGUUUUGCAGUUGAUAGUAGUGAUAGGGCUUAUUUUGACUUUUUAUUUUUAACCAAAGAAAAAUAAAUGGUGGUUGUGGCUCUAUACCUUUUAAAUGACCCUUAGAUUAAAUCUAUACACUAAUGUUCAAUAGAAGGGAAUAUAUGGUUAUAUCUUACAAUAGGAAAAGACUGAAAAAUAAGGAAUGCUGAUAUUUAACUUGCUGCGUUUGAAAUGUCCUUUUGUGUUGCAUUUAGUCUAGUUGCUCAUUCCCUGGUAAUGUAACUUCAUUCAUUACAGUAAAAAUGAAGUAUUUAUUUUAAUUCUAUUUAAAUCUGUAAGAAUUGGGUUAUUCCUUUUCUUCCAAUCCUAGAUAGUUCUAAAGAAAAUAUUUGAAACUUUAUUUUUCAGGUUUUGAAUAUGUCACUGCCUCAUUGAAUGUAUACCCUGUCAAAACACAGACUUGUAAAAUUUGCAUGCUGCUUUUGUGUUUUACAGUUUUGAAAGCCCUACAACUAGUCUUGAAAGAAGUAUUUUAAUUUUCGUAUCUUAAAUUACUUUACUGUUGCAUUGUGGGCUUUCUUUACAGUAAUGCGCAACAUUUGUACUCUCUCCACAUAUAGAAUAAGGGCCUUUAAUCAAUCCUUUCCUUCAGCCUUAGUUCUGAGACUGUUCUUUUAUUUAAAUAAAGCUUUUAGUGUAUUUAUACCAUUUAUAAACUGCUGCAAUUAGGUGUGCGACAUCAAAGCAUCCUAGACUCCUAGCUAGGUGAAGGAGAAAGGGGACCGGAAUGCAGUUGCAGUAUGACAGCCUUAAUCAUGUCAGUUUUCUGGAACUGAUUGUACACGUUAAAGCAAUAAGAACGGUAUGCGAAGCAUACUACCUGCAGCCGUUGUAUUUGCAGCCAAUGUUUGGUGUCCCUGAUACCGUCAGAAAGAUCAUAACCCAGAGACACCUUAAUGCAGCUAAAACUGCUGAGCCAAAGCUCCUGCAGCAGUCACUGCUGGCUCCGAUCUUGUCCUGGCUCUGCUGGUGGUGGCUUGGCUGCCUGGCGUGGAGCUGGCACUGAGGACAAGGCUCCGUGUCAGCGUAUCCUAGAGGAGAUGGAGGCAUCUGUGCAAUACGUGGAGUAACAAGAAGUAACCUCUUAGACUUUUAAAGUAGUGUUAUGCAACAAAUUAAACUGUAAACUGAUUUACCUGUAAUGGCCUAAAUAGGGAGACUGCAUGAUAUUUAUUACUUCUGAUUUUGGAACCUUUGAGGAAAUAGGUAGGCGGGGAGGAUGCUGAGGAAAACCCCUUUCAUGUUGAUUCUAUUGUGUCUUAUAGCACAAGAAAACAUUAUUUUUACAGCAGUUUGUUAUCCCUGUCUCAUAUCUCACCUUCCAAAUCAACAAUCUAAAACAAUGCUCACUGAUCCAAGGAAACCCCCCUUCUUGGCUCAGUGCUGAGAAUAAGAUUAAAAAUAGUAACUUUUAGUCCGAAGUAGAAGGAAGCUGUGGCUGUCAAAAGCACAGCUCCCUUUCAUGUCAGUUCCCUUUGUUCAGCACCUUUCAUGUUAUUUCUGUGUAAAAUGUAUGUUUUCACAUAUUUAAAAUGCCUGAGUUCUUUGAAGAUCUCCAUAUUAAGUGCAUUUAAUAUCAAUAAUUUAAAGAAGAGCAUUCCUUGCCCAAUGGAUGUACAUUUUUGAGAGAAAACCAAAAUUAUAUAUGGGAAAAAAAAAAAACUAUGUAAAGUUUUCUACAUGAGAAUACGCUGUAUGAUACUGUUAUAAUAUUCCAUGCUUUAAUCAAGUGGUAAAUCAAUAAAGUUUUAA